CCUAUCACGUGAUCGCGUGGCGCGGGUGGGGAUUGGCCGGCGUGGCCGCCGCGCAUCGUGGACGAAAGUAGCGCGUUUCUCGUAGUAUUUACACCGCGGUGCGUAAAGUAGAAUCGUCGAUCGACGCGUGCUGCGACUCGCUGUGCGGUCCUGGUCGAAAUAAAACGAAGCGAAGCCACGGAUUCGAAGAAACCGACGAUCUCUCGGUGCGACGAGAACGCGUCAAGCAUCUCCGCUCGUUGUACGUGCACGAUACAUAGAUGCUUCGAUCGUACGUACCUGUGGAUCGACAGUGAGUGCGCCAUGUUCGCGCGUCGCACGUCACCGGCUUGACGUCGCCGCUGGAACGACUCGCGACCGAGAGAAGCGGACAAGUGCAUAUAUAUAUAUAUAUAUAUAUAGAUAUAUAUAGAUAUAUAUACAUAGUUUCGCGUGGUGAAGCGGCGUGACGUACGAGACGCUCGCGACGACGCCGAGAGGAAGAGGCACGUCGACGGGCAGAAGCACGAGGCGCACGCGGAGCGCCGCCAGCACGUCGCGGGAUCGUGGAAUGCACGCUGACAGUGCGUGCACGUUCGGGUGGAAGAAGGGUUCGACGUCCGGAUCUGGAUGAUGCCGAAAUCACGCCGAAUCUGACGCCGAAUCGGAACGUCCUCUCCCCGGCCGGAAAGAAACGGCGCGGCUUCCGGUGCUGCAUUCGUAGUGGCGGGAUAUGAAGGAGAGGCGGAAAGGGGGUUUACAGUUCGUCGGAGCCGCUAACGAUCGUCGGUGCCGAUCGUGGACGAGGCGAGGAAUCGUCAUCAUCGUGCGAUGAUGAGCGGGAGCGACUCGAGCGCGACCGCGACGUUGACGUUGACGCCGACGCCGACGCCGACGCCGACGCCGACGAGCGUCGCCGUCAUCUCCGCGGCUUCUUCCGCGGACGAGGAAGAGGAGGAUUCGGCGGCCUUGACCCUGGAUUGCGUCGAGUCCGGUGCCGAUAUGGACCUGGUGAACGGACCGAAUCCCUGGCUUCCGGCCUACGGUUUUCAACUGCAGCAUCAUUCCCACUUUCAACCGACACACUUGGAGGAUCUACGGCCUAAUGAUACGGUGGUAGUACAACAAAUAGAUUUUCUGGAGACGAUUCUGGAGGAGACAUCCGAUGACCUUCAAAGCGAUUCCGAUCGCAGCGGAACGACAUAUUGGCUGGGAUCCGAUUCGGAGACUGAGAGCGUUAUUCAUAUCAAGGCGAAGCAGAGAUCCACAGACGAGCGACUAGAUGGUAGCGGCAGCGAGUGUAACUCUGUGGUGCCGAAAAAGAGACGUCGUCGUGAUCACUGUGGCACCGAUCAUCUUUAUCAUCAGCACGUGACAACUUACGACGAGUAUCCGGCCUCGCCGAGGUCAUCCAGGUCCAGGUCAUCUGGCUCCUCCAGAUCGAGCUCGCUACUGCAGUUCGAGUCCUUGGAGAGGACCUGCGCGACCCUGUCACCCUCCAGCUACAGCUUCGACUCCCUGGAAUACUCUAACCGAUCGAACGCCUCUCAUGCGGAGAACGAUUCGCCUGAUAGUUUGGAACAAGACUACAACAGGCUGCUACCGAAUGGCUUUCCAAACACAUUGACCGAUCAUUUUCCAAAGAUCAGGCCUUACCGUAGCUUCGAAAGUCUGGAUACAUGUCAAAAGGACGAAGAUUUUGUUCAAGCGUCCAUGUCAAAUGGUUUCGCGCCUUUGUACCUGAAGAGAGGUGCUGAUUUAUCGAAUAUUGGAAAGAACAAACAACGUCCAAGAGACUUUUGGCACGAGGACGAGGAGUACAGGGACCACGAUUACGAGGGAGAGGACGAAGACAAUUUCGAAGAAUACGAACGAAAUCGUACAAACGCGGAUUCCCGGUUGAUGACCGGUUUCGAGGAUCGGUUGCUGCUGUACGGCGAAUCCGGCAAGUACGCGACAUCCUUGGACUAUCGGAACACAAUCGAUUUGCGGGAGAUUGGCUUGGAAACGAAGAGAGACACGCUUUUGGAACUCAAGUCCGGGCAGAAGACAGCUAGGUUAAAUAUAGCCGGUUGCGGCGCGGAGCAUCAUCACCAUCACCAUCAUCAUCAUCAUCAUCAUCAUCAACAUUCGCAGCAGCAGCAGCAGCAACAGCAGCAGUAUGAUCAACACGAUCACCAUCACCAUCACCACCACCGCCGUUGCCAACAGCAGUAUCAAGGGUGGAGUCACGAGGAGCGCUUUAAUUUUAGAUUCACGGACAAGUCGCAGAGCGCGCCCAGUCUGCUCGACAGUGUCGAGGAGUCAGCACGUAGUGAUUUGAGCAACGCUUCGCUAUUUCGUCCUCGCACUUCGAGGACGACUUCCUACGUAUCGACGUCUUCUCUCUUCGAGAAUUAUACGCAGGUAGCUAGCGUACCAGUGGAUUUGAAUCUCUGUGGCGUCGCCGCUUCGUGCGACGUCGGAAUAAACGAUCUCGAAAUGGCGGAGGCCAUAUCUGAUAACGAGACAGUGAUGACCCCGAAGAGUUCGCGAGAAAAUGCGACUCUGCAGGAGAAUGAUGAAGCGCAAACGAAAACGAAGCUAAUCAGCUCAGUUAGAACGCAGCCGGCUCAAAAUUCGUUCAUGAAUAGCAGCAUGAAAAAGCGCGAAAAGAAAAAUGAAGAACGAACAAAGGUCGAAUGCGUAAGCGAUCAUUGCGAAAAGCAGCAAACACAUAGCGAUGAACAAAUCAAGCCGGUAUCGACGGUGAAAACUCAAGAUCGUACCAGCUGUAUGUUGGAUAUGACGAUAAAUAUGACGGAGAACGAUCUUGAUGAGGCCAUUAAGCAGUUCAAACGCGAGGUAGAGGAGGCAGCCGCCUCAGAAGUGGCGAAUGCCGCCAUUUUGGCGAUGGAAACGAUUCAACGAACGUCAUCUGGUCUGGUUAAGAACCGAAAGGUGAAGAAAAAUGCUAGUUACGAGCUAGCGCAACAAUUUGAGGUGGACGAAAGAAAUUUCCAGAAAAAUUUUAAAAAUAACGAUGAAGACAACACGUCUCCCGGUUCUCCCGAAAGAAGACGAAUAAUAAAUAACGCCAGCUACGAGUUGGCGCAACAAUGCGAUUAUCUCAGUGCGUUGCAGAACUCGAGGGCUGCGUUUCAUCGAAUGGAUGCGUGCGAUGAACUAGAAGAAGCUUCAGGACGCUCCUCAGAAUUAAGAAUCACCGACGUAACGCACUCAGACACAAACAUUAGCAAGGACUCAUUAUAUUCCAGGGAAGAGCCAGAUGACUCGUUCUUUGGUCAGAUAAAAAAAAACUCGGAUCCAUUUUCAGCCUGUGGCGAUGCUAGCGCAUUAAGUCCGCGGUUGCUAGACGACGAAGUAGAUUAUCCCUGCUUGGAAACCAAACCCAUAGAAGCAUCCCGCUUAGAGGAUAGGGUUGUUUUGCGUGAAAAGAUUGAAUUGGAGAAACGAAAUGAGUUGGAAAGUGUCCUUGGAAAUUCCACGAUGGUAUCCUACAUCGACGAAGAGCCUUUCGGUAAGCGCGAAGACGAGUCUGCAGAUGCGAAGGAAAACUUUAUCGGUGAAUUUUAUCCGGAACGAAUGGCACAGUCUUGUCAACAGUAUCCUCGGAAAGAUGAAAAUAAGGAAACGGAUCAAGAACGGAGUAGUACAGAGAAUGUUGAGAUCGCGUCGUCGAAACAAGAUCCUAAAGAGCGUUCUCGUAGUCCUGACUCGAGCGAGCGCGGCACCGAUGAAUGCCUAUGGAGAGUCGUGAUCGAGAAGCCAGCGGCAGCAAAGAAGGCAACAGAGGAAGAGAAGAGGGAGGAGGUGGAGGUAGCGGAAAAGAAGGAGAAAGAGGAGAAGGGACACAGUGUCCGUAGUGUUGUUGGCUCCGAAUCCCCACCCGGCGCCCCGGGUUCAUUCGGUGAACAUAGUAGUGGGAAGCCCGCGAUGGCCGUGGCGGCAGUUGAUACGAAUCAUCGCGGUAGUGAUCGCGACAAACGUCAGAGCGAAGAGCAACGUGCGUUAGAUAUCAACAAGAAAGACGCGGUCGCGAAAAGACCGUUGAUCGUCCCGCCGAAGGAGACGGCGAAGACGUACGCGACGUCUUCGACAUCCUCCCUGUCUUCCGCCUCCGCCAUCAUGAAGAACGAGGAGAGGAAGAAGGGCGGCCUGGGCGGUUUUCUGCAGAGAUUUUCCAGGUUGAGAUUCAGCGGGCGGACGAAGGUGCCACGUUCGGAGGCGCAAAAGAAGAUUGUCGAGCCGACGAGAACGCAGGAGGAGCAACAAUCAGGAGCCAAGAAGAAGGAGCCGGACUACAUCAUCAUACCAUUGCACCCGCCCGAAGGGGAGAGAAGACGUCAACAGGAGGUCGUUACUCUGGAAGAGGCCGCUAGAAGAAACAAUGUGGACAUUCAGAGAAGCGUUUCUAAUGUCAGCAGCAACGGGAGGGCGCCAGUAUCCAGCAAGCCACCCCUGCCGCCUCACCCGCCGCGCGUCGCCGCCCUGGGUGCAACGACGCGAGCGUCGGCGUCGGCGUCUGCGUCGCGCCGACGCGCCGCCACGGACCUCGGGAACCCGGCGGCGAUCGAGAUGGCGAAGGCCCGUGCGAUGCAGGCCGCCCAGGAGCGCCCGGUCGGCCUGCUCGAGACCGAUCUCGACGAGGCGGUGAUCGACGCGAGUCGCGCAAAGUACAUCGCUAGUUCGACCGCCGCCUCUGCCGCUGCCUCUGCCUCCGCCGUCGCCGCCGCCGCUGCUGCUGCCUCCGCCGCCGCCGGCGCCGGUGGUAAGAAGACCCGUAGCCUGCUCGACCUCAACCACACCUCGGCGGCGGCGCCGCGGCCGCGGCCCGAGCACGCCCUCCACGUACCCCAGUCGCCCGUCGACAGGAGUCCCCGCGACGACGUCGCGUCUGCCGCAACGUCAGCCAUCCACCAGCGGCCCCACAAGUCCAUGGAGUUCCUCCUCGACAAGGAGAACCUGCACUUUGUCAAGCCGCCGGAGAAUGAGCUGCAGAAAGUGGGUGAGCGCGUGCCGAGCGAGCACGAGCUCAGGGUGCAGCGAUCGUUACAACGGCUCAAUGUUCCCGAUUGGUACAAGAAUUCACCCGCUGCUCGCGACGGCUUCCGGUUGAAGAGGCAUUCCGACGCUUCGCAACACGGAGGCUGGCGCGCCCUCGGCUCCAAGACCACUUCUCUGUCGUCCCUCUCGUCGUCUUCCAAUCGACAACCGACCACAGGUGCUCUUUUAAGUCCCAGUCCCACGCCUCCCGUAUUCUCGAGAUGGAGUACCAGCUUGCUGAACAGUGCCGGCAGUUCACCCGCGAAUUCGGCCAGGUCAUCCUUCAAUCAUCGGCAGCCCUACUUGGGCUGGCGUUCUCAAGAACGACUGGCCAAUCCGCGCACGCCGGCGGAACGUCUUGCUCAGGGUAUUCUUCCUCAGUUGCAGGCCGCAAACAAGCAACAGCAGCAGCAACAGACAACGAAUCAGCAGUUGGAAGUACGAAACUCGAUAAAGGAGGUGACCUCGGCCAUCGUGCACUACGUGCAGAGCGGUCAAGAGGUCGGAGGUGGCGGUGGCGGCAGACUCUCGCCACGAUCUCGACCUGAAGAUUGGGACGACAGGGGCGGAGCGAGGUCUACCAGCCCCAGAGGGAGCGUGAAGCUGUGCUGGAUGGAGAGCUCGUUCGUCGGCACGCGGCCCGUGGACUCGCCGGAGACGCCUAUGAGCCUGGCGACCGACCAGGAGGCGGGCGACUGCUGCAACGCGGCCGGUACCGAGUCUUGCAGCUGCCAGGACUCGGCGGCCUCCGGCCUCUACCUAGACCUGACGCCCAGCCGGGACGACCUGCGUCACCAUCAGACGUCCUCGGCCGGCCCGUCGCCCACGUCCUCCUCUCACUACCAUCAUCAUCACCAUCAUCAUCAUCAGCGUCACCAGCAUCGCCAGCAACAGCAGCAGCAGCAGCGUCAUCACCGCGGAUCGGGCCAGAGCGAUACGGACGAGGCGAUGGCGACGGCAGCUCUUCUGCGGAACAAACCGAGCCCGGGCUCCACAACCCUGGAGGACGUACUCGACUCCCUCCUGGGACUGCCACCCGCGUCGCGUACUCCGAGUCCUGGUCCGGGAGGACCCGUCGUGACCGCCACGUCCGCCAUCCGUCAUCGCCAUACGAACGCCGCCGUUGGCCAGGCGAAAGCCGGGAAGAGCUGCAGCGACCUACGCCAAGACCUCCAAGAGUCCGCUAGAAGCGUGAUGGACGUUCAUCAGGUGGCCGCCGAGGAUCAGCGCAACUUCUACUCGGGCGAGCUGUUGAGACGGAAGAGCGAGGGCAGCGAUACGCUACCCGUCUCGCGAACCGCCGCGACAGCUGCGUCUUCCUCGUCGCUGAUGCCGAAUCGGGGUGGCGCGACGCGUCACCGCAGAGUAUCCUUCGACAACGCCCAGGAUUCCACCACCAACGGCAGCUCGGCCGUGGACAAGGUGGUGCGCUGCCGCAACAAUAAAUGCGGCAACUCUACCACCCUGGCCGAGGCAAGGAGGACCUACAAGAGCUGCCACAACUGCACCUGCCUGUACUGCUCGCGCGAGUGUCGACGAGCUCACUGGCAGCGUCAUCGCAGGACCUGUCUUCACUCGCGAGCCGGCAGUCUCUGCCGUCAGGUGUUGUCCUCGGCGAAGGAGGACCCGGCCACUCUGAAGCACAUCUCCGCUCUCGCUCGACGGGGCCACGACGCUCACGGCCGCGGCGCGGUCAAGUGCUUCUUCUCGAGCCCCGAGGCAGCCGAGCGCUUCGUCGGCAACGGCUUCGCCGAUCUUGGCGAGCCCACCUACGUGCGCUGGCCGGAUUUGUUGCCCGGCGAGAUGGGCGCCGAGCUGUACGCCGAGCUGAUGCGCCUCUGCAAGACGUACAAUCCGGAAGCGCGGCUGGUGCUUUACGUAGCGGUGUGCGUGGUCAGCGAGGUGCCGACCAGCGGUGCCGUUAGAUGGGAACGGCAGCUGGUAUCUCGAUGCGCCAAGAUCAGACUCGACGGAGCGGCGAAGCAGCACGCUUCUUCGUCCUCGGCGUCGCCGCAGGCCAGAAGACAGCAAAUACCCGCGUCGCCUUGUAAUAUCACUCGGGAGAUGGAUUCGCCGGAGACCCUGGUGCUGACAUCGUUACCCGGAAACAACGGUCAGAACACGCCGCGGAGGGCCCGCGAAAUCAGCUUCACCAACAUCCAGCGGCAGCUCAGGCUCAGGGGAGUUUCCUUGAGAAGGCACUUUCCUCAGGUCUACCGGAAGCUCUGUUCCUACGUGGAUGGCUCGGUGGAUAAGUUUGCGCCGGUGACCAUCUAUCCUAGGGAUCAGGCAUCCGGCAAGAGCUUCAUGUGCAUCAUCAUGCUGGACGCGGAGCCUGAACGUUUGCAACUUUUGCCCACGGACUCGUCCAGGGUCAGGACGGUGGACAUUAGCGUGGAACAAGAGUGAAGAUCGUAUCCAAGGUACGUCGCUCAGAAUUUUCUUCAAGUUCUCAGAUGAGAGUUGGAGACGUUGCCAUCUCCUGUUCGGGAUGAAAAGGACUUACCAGCGAUACGAGAACGAAGAUCACAUCUGGAAGAAUCGAAAAUGUUUGAAAUUUCAAGAGACGUCGCUCUCUCAGGAUUUUCCUCAGGUUUACGGAAAGAGGAUUAAAGAAGAGGUGUCGCGAUUGCUGUCGACAGACUUCUUUAGAUCGAAGACGACUUUAGUAAGGCAAAUUCAGAUGACACGAAAAUCUAAAAGAUAUUCUAACUUAAUCGGAUAUCUUUCGGAUGUUUACAUCAUCUGAGAAGAUUGUAUCUAGAUAGAAGCACAAAUGAUUAUGUUAACAAAAAGUUUCAAAUGCCAAUCGAGCCAAGUUCGACAUUUGAUGUCAGUUUGCGCAGAUUCGCAUACACAUACAUACAUGCAUACAAAGACUGUUUCUAUCUGUUUCUUUUAAAGGAAGAAAAUCGAAAAAUGAAGAAAACGAAACGUCGCUCUGUUCAUAUGCACCUUCUUUUGCGACACUCUAUAUAUCUCGCGAUCGUAUUACAGUAAUCUUCUGUCGUUACAAAAAAUCCUCGAUAUAGCCGUUGCAGUAUAAGAUGUUUAUCAAUCGUUUGCCGAGGGUGAGUUUUAUUGCGAGAUCUUUUAUCGACCGUCUAAUCCUUUCACAUGAAACACAUAUAUUGUUACGUAUAAUUAAUUCAAGGAUUCGAAUAAUUUAAUUAUAUCUUGCGUAUAUCGUGCAAUUCGAUAGAGCAACAAUGAUGCAUAUUUAUUAACUUUAUUUUUAGCAAUCGCUGAUAAAGAAUUUUCAAUUUAAUUUAUUACAAUAAUGGGAUAUAAUUAAUGUUAUUUUUUUAACGAGGAGGUUGAAAGGAUCGACCAUGGUUUCAAGUUCUCGGCGAAUGGAACGGAAAGUAAUAUUUAGAGUACGUUGUUGUGUCUUUGUUCAACUUUGCAUUGUUUAAAUUUUAUCGUAUAUAUAUAAAUAUAUAUAAAUUAUAUAUAAAUAUAUAACAUAUGUGUGAAGACGAAGGACAUAAUUUUUCCUCGGUGAAUAUGCUUACGAUAAUCGAAUUCUGAAAUUUCGCUUAGGUCCCAUGUGCUCCAUCGGAAAUUGAUUAAAAUUGUGUAAUGUAAAAAUUCAAGAGAAAUGAUAUUUCGAAAAAUAUAUUGAAAUGUGACAUUUGUUUGCAAAUAUCAAUUUGCUAAGAGGGAAUAACUUGCCUUACUUUUCAUCGUGGCAUAUAUAAUUCUCUUGUUAUUAAUCGGAUUAAUUUAGUAAUAUAAAUACUAUAUAUAAUCGUAAAAUUCUUUUCAUAUCUAUAAUUCUUUGAUAAAUGCAUGGAAAAAAAAAAGAGUCGAAUAUAUCUCGCGCACAAAAUUUUGUCGCAAGUAUAUCAUCCGCCAUCAUGACACUGUGCCAAAUGAGAAGAAGAACGAGAUUAAUCGCGUAUAUUACAGGGAAUAUAUAAAUUUUCGAAAUACUGUCGCAAGGAAUAUUAAUGUCUAUGAUCUCGCGACAGAGAGAGAGAGAGAGAGAGAGAGAGAGAGAGAGAGAGAGAGAGAGAGAGAGAAAGAGAAAAAAAAUGCACAUAAUUUCGGCUAAAAGGCUUUUCCAUGGAUCAACGAAUCCCCAAUUUAUUAAUAGUAAGCAUAGCUUAAGUCGAGCUGCAUAACAAAACGACAUUACAAAAAAAAGGCUGAUCUCUUUCUAGUAGAAAAGAAGAGCGAUUGAUAAUGGUGCCAAUGAUAACGUCUCGAGAACACAUCGUCACUUUGUAGUGAUAUAAAAAUACAAAUAAAAGCAUAGUAAAGGGAAAAGUUGCAAAUUAAAAGUUCCCAUCGGGAAUAUCGCGGUGUCAUCGAGCGAAUAUUAAAGCAAGCGAUCGAUGUUCCCGUAAUUUUAAUUGAAUAGAUAAUUAAUGGGAACGUCGUUACGAGAAAGUGAGAAUGCGAUUUCUUACGUUAGUUGAUAGAAUCGAUAUCCGUUUCUAUCCGUUGACACAAUGCAAUUUUUAACGACGAGACAGAAAAUGAAUCGAAUCAAAGAGGAAGCAUCCCAGUGCCAAUAAUAAAAUGCCACGGAUAUUUCUACACUCAACGAGGAAUACUCAACGGUUCUCGAUUUGCUAUCGAGUAUCCAGGAUUAAAUCUUACGACGAGAUCCACAUUUCGUAUGCACACGAUCACGAUAAUCCUCAUCGCGAUUAUUGAUUCCGAUGAAUCGCAUUCCUUUGUAUGUAUAACGAGAGUAUAAAGUUAUUACCGCAACGCGAUUUCACUCGAUCGUUCGCUCAUCCGUUACAUUAUCAAGCUUGCGACCAAUGUUGAUCCUUCAUUUACGUUUGUACAUAGCGCUCUUAAGGGAAUAUAUUUAGGAAAUGAAUUAGAGAGGUAAAAGAGAGCAAUUUUACUAGCACGAGGAGAAGAGAUUUAAAAGGAUCGAUCAAAAUUCGCGAGUAGGUGGCUUAUUCGGAGAUCAGUCCUCGUUAUAUCCUCGAUAGUUCCUUUUUCCUAUCUCUAUCACGAGGACGAUCACUGCGAUUUCAUUAUACAGGUUGUAUGAUAAAGAGUAUAUAUUGAUUUUGGCGCUUUACGAUACACCUUGUAUAAAUAUAUUUAUAUAUCCACACAUUCCGCUCUAUAAAAGUAUAUAACGAACAGUGGUCGGGAACAUCGGUCGGAGAAGAAGUCUCAAUUCCUAUUAUAUUAAGUGUAUAUACAGUGUGUUUGUAAAAGAAUCUAUAUCUAUUUCUAGAGAGUUUAUUACAUAAAGAAAAAAGUAUAUAUAAAUGCUGCGCGUGUUGUCAAUAAUUUUUAAUUAUAGAUGUGGAGCAAAUUGACAGAAACACACAUGCUCAGGAUGUUUUUCAUCUGGAAAAUACUUUCUCGAUUUUGAUUGAUCAAAUAUUUCUUACUUACUGCUCGACAAUUUCUUUAUAGAAGAUGAAUUACUAUUAUAAGUUUGCAGAAAUAGAUGGAAGCUUUAUGGGCAUUCUGUAUGACUCCGACCGAUAAAACGAGAAAGCUGUUGCUCGACAAAUAAUUUAGAAGAGUGAUACAGAAGAAAAUUAAUCUCGCGCGAAUAAGAAGAAAAUUAAGCGACUUAAUCGAUCGAACGAGCAAUCUCAGCCCGCACAUAGUCACUCUAAAAUCUUAAGAUAUCGUUUCAACGUCUAUAUUUAUCGGUGCUAUCAAAAUGUGCUACCAUUGUUUUCGCAUCUGUGUAUGUCUCGAUUUUUCAAAUAAAAUGUUAAUUUUA